GGAAGUGACGCUUGUUGGUGUAGGUUUGGUUGGGGCGCAGUGUUCACUGACGGAGAGGACAAUAUCAAAACCAUAAAGGGGAAAAAUCCUGACGAAUUGAACGGUUGUCGGUAAAACGGGACAGAAACAUCAAACAGAAGCAGACACCACUGCAACAUGAAUCCAGUUUACAGCCCGGCUCCGACAGGGGUGCCCUACGCCAACCCCAAAGGAAUAGGAUAUCCAGCAGGUUUUCCGGUCGGCUACGCUGCAGCUGCUCCUGCUUAUUCCCCCAAUGUGUUCCCUGGGGCCAAUGCUGCCUUUCAGACAGGUUUCACGCCCGGCACGCCGUACAAAAUGUCCUGCUCACCCACCACCGGUACCGUACCGCCAUACUCUCCAUCACCAAACCCCUACCAGGCAGCCGUCUUCCCUGUGAGAAGUGCUUACCCACAACAGAACCCAUACGCACAGCAAGGUACCUACUUCACACAGCCCCUGUACGCAGCUCCGCCCCACGUCAUACACCACACCACAGUGGUCCAGCCCAACGGAAUGCCAGCGACCAUGUACGCGCCCCCCAUCCACGCGCCCCGUGCCAACGGCGUCGCCAUGGGAAUGGUGGCCGGCACCACCAUGGCAAUGUCUGCGGGGACCUUGUUGACGACUCACUCCCCAGCUCCAGUACAGCCUCACCAAGUCACAAUGCCCACAUACCGGCCACCUGGAACACCCACCUACAGCUACGUGCCCCCCCAGUGGUAAAAGGACAACACCGUUGAAGAUACUAGAUAUGCAGUCAUAUUCAGACCAGUAUUCUACACAUGGUGCUGAAGCCCUGAUGUCACCAACCAGGAUUUCAUUCGUCCAGUCAAAUUGAGAAAAAAAAGAAGAAAAAAAGUAACCAAACAGAGAAAAGAAGGCAGAUCGAGAAUCUUCCCACCCUGGGUAACUGUUCCACUCCAAUCUCCAACUCCACAGUUCUGUACGCUUUACAGCCGAUGACUAGGCCAUGACAACCACUGUGGACUGUCACACAACUCUAAAUUACAGAAAAGGCAGUUUACUUGUUUUAGUUUUGGACCCAUAUCUAGCCGAAUGCAUGUUUAUAUAGACGCCAGUGUGAAAAUAUAUUUAAAAAGCUUGCUCUAUGUAGCUGCAGUGACUGAUGCAAAACUGUCCGAAGCAAAAUCCAAAGGUAUUGAGUAGAAAAAAAAAUGAAACUAUUGUAUAAACAGGGGCUACCACUCAGUAUCACAGAAGCUAUGUCUUAAUGUUCCUAAGUAAGUAUUUCUUUAUAAAUGAACAUGUACAUUAAGUUUACUAUACAAAAACUCAGUGCAGUAUACUUUGAACCAAUGCUAAAGUUUAACAUUUUCUUUAAUGUGGUUUUUGUUUUGUACUGGCAUAACAAAGCAGACUUUCAUUUUGUUGGGUGAUUCUGCAUUGAUAUACAUUUGUAUAUCAUUUGUAGAUGCUGGUUUUUGGGGUGGGUGGAUGGGUGGUUCUGCACAGUGGCCUACCUGCCUAACCAGGUAUGUUCCCCUUGGCUCUUAUCCUGUGUAGUGUUUGCGUGCGUGCGUGCGUGCGUGCGUGCAUGCGUGCGUGCGUCUGCAGGACAGAGCCUCAACAAAAUACCGCAGAACUUUUUUUCCCCUUUUACUCCCCCUUUGUUUUAUUAUUUUUCUGUAAUCUCACCUGAAUAAAAAACGGAAAGCCCAUAACGGGGGUGGUGAAUGAAGGACCAGCCAUACCCUUAGACGUUUUUAGACGGAGGCGCUGUUUCUUGGUUUACUGAAUGUUUUGCCAUUUUAUUACACUUUAAAUGUACAAAUUGCUAGUCAUUUAAAUGUCUUUUUAAAACUACUGGUGAGCAGUUCUCUUACGUGGGUCAUUCAUUUGUUGGGUAGCUUAGUCCGGUCUUAAAGUGAUUACCUCAAGGCCACACGAGAAUGGACUGACCACAUCAUUGUCUUUUAGGAAUUCACACUGCUUCCUUCAUAUUACCUCAUAUCUGUGGGCUGUGUCGAGGAAGUGAUGGUAAUCCUUCUUUUGUAUUAUAUAUUUUUAAAAGACCAAAAAACAGCAAAUAUAAUGAGUAUUGUCAAAGGUUCUCAUUCAUUAAUUGAUAUCGAUGCUUGUGCAAGUAGGCCAGCUAUAUGCUCAAAUGAACAUGCCUAAAUGAACAUGUGCUCUUCCACUCAACUCAUUUAAGCAUAUUGCUAAUAAUCGACUAUUUGAAUCUACUUCUCCUAAUAUAAUUUUCAAAUAUUACAUCCUAAAAUGAUUUUGAAAUUGCCUAUUCCCUUUUGUUUUGAGAGACUGGCUAUUUCAAUAAUCAAAUAACCCUAAUGUUUUUUUUGUGUUUCUUUUCAAAGCCCUUUGUACACCCUGCCUAAUUAAUUUCAGCAGCAUAUGUUUAUGCAAACACCGUAAAGCAUUUGUAUAAAUAUAUUCUGCCUGCAUCGGACUGUACGAUCAGAAUACUUCUCAGUUGAAAGAUGAGAAUUUUGGCAGAUAAAAUUCUAUAAUGAGUAGUUGAACAUGGUGAACAUUUUAACUGCAUCUCACCAGGUUGGCUGCAUUCGUUUCCCCAGAAAGGAUGGUGACAGCGUAUCUUAUUUGGCUUCCUGCAAUUCAACCACUUAAAAUACAUUGACCAGAGUUUGGUUCCAGUUCAACGUGGCCAAACUUUGCUGAAACUAACCUAACAACCAGUACAGGCUGAUCUAGAACAAAAUGAGAGAUCCAAUGUUCUAAGGUGGAUCUCCACAAGGUUCAGGAAUAUGCCUUCAUAUCCUGGUUUGUAUUUAAUUUAGACUAAAACUUCCACAGUGACACUGCUGAACUCCAAGCAAUGUGGGAAGUGCACUUGUACACAAUAGGGUUGAUGGGGCUUGGGAAGAAUCUGUUAGGUCUCUUGUUUUUGCCUUCAGAUUCAUUGAAAUUAAGCAUUAAGCCUGUGACAGCAGGUGAAAAUACUUGACUGCCCAGUUACCCAUCCUGCUACUUGCAACAAGCGAGCGUGAGAACAGAGGUUUGAACUGUCUUUUUGUCGAUGCAGUGACCACUUAAUUAAAAGCACUACUUGUGUAUUUUUUGUUUGCUGGUUGAGUUCUGAAUUGCUGUCCGAAAUGUGACUUAUAGUAUUCUGACUAUAAUGGAAUGUUUUCUUUUUGUCGUUACUUUUUUAUUAUUUUUUUUAUUUUCCUUUGUUGUCUCAGCAAUACAGUUGUACUGGUAUUGUACUACUCGAUUUCACAUACAAGGACAAUCACCGCUUUGUGUCUCCGCAUUGUCUGUGGCCUGGGAAUAUCCACUCAUUUAAGGAACGGCGUCCUUCCGACGCUAUUCCUGCCCAUUCCCACAUUUUUUGGAAGCUGCCCUUCAUGUGACCCUGCAGCACAGUGGCUGGAAGCUGGUCCGCAGGGAAAAGCACGGCAAACGUAUUCUUCCGGUCCUGUCAUUGUGUGUGGUAUCCACUAGGUGGCGCUGUGUCUCUGAACUCAACAACAUUGAUCAAAGGAAAUGUUUUUUUUUUUUUUUAUGUUUGCAGAGAUGUACUGUAUUUCCAACAUUUUAAAUAAAGUUGAUAUACAAAACUUUAAA